UUCUGAGAAGAGCUUAAUCCAAAAUGAUUAAAAACUGCUUAAUCCUGUUUAUGUUGCUGCUGGCAAUAGCGCAUGCAGUACCAUAUGCCCAGGACAUUCUUGAGGAAGAAUGGAUGGCGUUUAAGCUGGAAUAUAACAAGGUAUACCAAGACGAGACAGAGGAGCAACUCCGCUUUAAAAUCUUCAAUUACAAUAAGCUGCUUAUAGCCCGGCACAAUCUUAAAUGGGCAGCUGGGAAAGUGAGCUUCAAUUUAGCUGUGAAUAAGUUUGCCGAUCUAUUGGACCAUGAAUUCCAAGAUCUGAUGCUUGGGAAAAUGAGUCCUAGUGGUAGCAACUUUGGAAGCUCUACUUUUCUCCCGCCGGUGAACUUGACUCUACCGGAUGCUGUAGAUUGGCGGAAAUAUGGAUUUGUUACACCUGUAAAGGACCAGGGUAGUUGUGGCAGUUGUUGGGCUUUUUCCACAACAGGGUCACUUGAGGGUCAACAUUUUCGCAAAACGGGGCAAUUAAUAUCCCUUUCCGAACAAAAUCUGAUAGACUGUUCACCUGGUAAUAACGGUUGCAAGAACGGAGCUGUUGAAUAUGCCUUCAGGUAUAUACAAUCUAAUAAAGGCAUUGACACUGAGAUAUCGUACCCUUACGAGGCUGCUCAAAACCAAUGCCGAUUCAGAAGAGAUACGAUUGGUGCGACUAGCACUGGGUUUGUGAAAUUGAACCCGGGCGACGAGAUGGAACUAGCCCAAGCAGUGGCUACAGUCGGACCCAUCUCCGUACUAAUAAACUCUUCGCUCGAUUCAUUCAAAUUUUACCAUGAUGGAGUUUACAAUGACCCCUCUUGCAAUCCAAAUAAGUUAACUCACGCCGUCUUAGUCGUUGGCUACGGCACUGAUGACAGAGGUGGUGAUUUCUGGCUGGUAAAGAACUCAUGGAGCACCCACUGGGGAGAACAAGGAUACGUUAAAAUAAAGCGAAAUGCAAACAACCUGUGCGGUAUUGCGAGCAACGCUCUGUAUCCUUUGGUCUAAUCUAAAACUGUGUUUUCUGUGUAUAAAAUUUAAUACGUUCAUAAAAACUCACAAAUGCGUACAGGAGACAUAAAGAUACUUUGAA